AGCACUGGUUCCCAGGACGCCGGUCCUGUCAGGUCAACCGCGACCCUUGCAGAUGCAGGGCCCGCCAAACAGCUCCCAGGCGGGCAGAAAAAAUAGCGUUGGUGACCUCAUGCCCACGCCUCGGCUUUUGAGGUCAGUGACACCAAGCAACAGCAAUAUCACAGCAGCACCACAACCAGGAAUCCCCAGCCACCCCUACAAGACGCUCUGUAUAGGCCCGCGGCCGCUGUCACAGUACCACGCUCUCUCAACCUGCCAGCCUCCACCAUGGCUCAAGUCGCAGUUCCUGGCCAGCUACUCGGCUCAACCGACAAGUACAUUGCCGGGCCUGGUACCCACGUCCGCGAGUCCAACCUCUAUGCUUCUCUGCUCGGCACUGUCGCUGUCGCGCAGCCAGACAAGGCGCCUGGCCCGUCUAAGCGGCUCAACAGGAUCAUCAGCUCGCAAGCUGGGCCCCUGCCGACCAUCUCGGUCUCACGGCCGGGCGCCGUGCACGAGAAGCAGCGCGAGGUCCUGCCCGAGGUCGGCAACAUCGUCCUGUGCCGCGUAACACGCAUUCAGCCUCGCCAGGCCACUGUUGCCAUUCUGGUUGUGGGCGAUACUGUCCUCGAGGCCGACUGGCAGGGCAUUAUCCGCGUGCAGGAUGUCCGUGCUACCGAGAAGGACCGUGUCAAGAUAUAUGAGAGCUUCCGUCCCGGCGACAUUGUUCGAGCCCAAGUGAUUUCGCUAGGUGAUCAGGCUAACUACUACCUUGCCACUGCCAGCAACGAGCUCGGUGUCAUCAUGGCCACCAGCGAAGCUGGAAACACCAUGUUCCCCGUCAGCUGGAAGGAGUACAAAGAUCCAGAAACUGGUCUCAGUGAGGCGAGGAAGGUGGCAAAGCCCUUCUGAGCAACCUUGGAUAGCGGUUGAAAUCACCUGCAGUUCG